AAGCGCAGAUAGCGGUUGACGAUUGGCGGUAAAACUAAAAGGUGAAAUUCUGCCCUCCUUAUCUCGGCGGGACGCCUCAGUCGAGGGGGAAGGCUCAGAAAAACCACCCAGUCGCGGAGACGUACGGAGUACGAACACAUGGCUGACAUCGUAGUCUGUAGCGCCUCGUCGGCUUCUGCUUUCCUCGGCCGCCGCUCAUCGUCAACGACUUCGCUUUCCCUGCCUUUCAAGCCGUCCCUUCUCCCAAUCCGGCAGGUUUCUUUGGCAAGUUCGCGCCCCGGAUUUUCGAGGAUUUAUGCGUUAUCUAGUAACGACAUUAAAGUCGGCACCAAUGUUGAAGUGGAUGGAGCUCCUUGGCGGGUACUAGGUUGUCUNNNNGUCAAACCUGGUAAAGGAGCAGCUUUCGUAAGGACCAAAAUGCGCAAUUAUGUAACAGGAAACACAGUUGAAAAAACUUUUCGAGCAGGAAGCUCGCUUGAUGAGGCCAAUGUAUACAAGGAAGUCAAGCAAUUCACUUACAAAGACGGUUCCCAGUUUGUUUUCAUGGACCUGAAUACGUAUGAGGAAAUACGCCUAAAUGCAGCAGAUGUUGGUGAUAGGACAAAGUGGCUGAAAGAGGGGAUGGAUUGCAUUGUAUUGUUUUGGAAUGGGAAGGUUAUUGAUUUUGAGGUUCCCAUCACAGUUCAACUGACUGUGGUCGAGGUUGAUCCUGGACUGAAAGGUGACACGGCACAAGGUGGUUCGAAGCCCGCAACUCUUGAAACUGGUGCUGUUGUUAAUGUCCCUCUGUUUAUAAACGUAGGCGAUAGUAUAGUGAUAGAUACAAGGACUGGACAAUACACGAGUCGGGCAUGAGUAUUGACACAAAUAACACUAUCAUCGGCGAGAAGGUUUUGUCUGUACUCUUUUAAAGAGUAAUUGUUGAUUUUUGUUCUCUUUGUAGAUUGAGCAUAUGGAAGAUCGUUAAUGGAGCUGCGAAGAUUUUGUCACGAUGUACUAUUUUGACUAUUAAGAUUUGGAUUCUUUAGUUAAUGCUGAA